GUAACAAUUCUGUGUCUGUCCCUGAGUAACAAUUCUGUGUCCCUGAGUAACAAUUCUGUUUCCCUCAGUAACAAUUCUGUGUCCCUCAGUAACGAUUCUGUGUCCCUCAGUAACAAUUCUGUGUCCCUGAGUAACAAUUCUGUGUCCCUGAGUAACAAUUCUGUGUCCCUGAGUAACGAUUCUGUGUCCCUCAAGUAACGAUUCUGUGUCCCUGAGUAACGAUUCUGUGUCCCUGAGUAACGAUUCUGUGUCCCUGAGUAACGAUUCUGUGUCCCUGAGUAACGAUUC